AUCAGUGUAUACAAUUCAAUUUCGUUCAUUGCCUCUACUUAAAUCUAUAUUAAUGUUUCUACACGUUUUAGUAAUCACUAAUCAAUAAAAAUAAAUAAACAAAACGAGAAAAAUGGAUUGGUUUACUCAUUAAUGUAAAUUAAAUCACAAAAAAUGGAUAACAACAGCGAUUAUGAUGAGAACGAGAUACUUAUAUGGCAGGAACCAAGACGCGAACCCUUGGGUGCUCCCAAGGAGUUGCUGUGUGAAGAGACGCCCCCCGAGCAAGUUUCCGGUGACAGACUGCAUGCACUUGAAGAAGAACAGGAAAUCCUAUCUUCAUCAGUGUUUUCAUUAACGUCUCAUUUAGCUCAGGUUGAAUUCAGAUUGCGACAAAUUUUGAAAGCGCCCGCUGAAGAAAAAGAUGUUAUGCUUAAAGCUCUGGAAGAGUUUACGUCUAGAGGAGUCACGGACACGCGGGCAGCACCACAGGGCAGUUCAGGUGACAAUUGCAGUGAAUGUUUGGAGUUGGAAAAGAAAAUGCGGAAACAACGCGUAAAGCAAGCUCACUUCAUUGAAAGAUUGAAAGCGCAGUUGAAAGAACUGGAGAGGUUUGUAGCAAAUCCUAGUUCAAAGGGUGAUAGUAGACAUAGGGUAUUAAUAGAGCAUUUAAGAAGUGAAAUUGACCAAAGUCUUGAUGAAGGAUGUCAGCCGUUAAGCGCGGAUGAGUUGCGACAUCAAAUUAAUUGCGCCGUCCGUCAGUACGCAGAUCGGCAGCUAUCCAAAGAUGAGAUUAUUAGUAAAUUACAAGUACAUGUCGAAGACAUGCAGAAAUUUAUUGAUUUAAUGAAAAUGGAGGAACUGAGAGAGAAUGGCAAAACUAAAACAGAGCCAAAAAAGGUUAACACAAAUAAUUUUGAAAAGAAUUUCCAUAAAAGCAAAGUUAAUGAGGAUCUUAAAACAGAGACUAUUAACCUGAUGAGGAAAGCAUCUACAUUAAUACAAAUCUUUACGGUGUCGCAGUUUGGUUGUUCUCCAAAUGAAGGUAAAAAGUUUGAUAGGAAAUCGUCAACUAUUACUGCACAUUGGGGUAAUUUACGAGCUAAACUGGAAAUGUCAAUAGAUGCUGUGCUCCAUUUGGUGUCCCGUGACAGGGCAUCCCACACAAUCAUUGACAGUUAUGAUAGUGAAUCAGAGGAAGGUGGUAUCACCAUCAAUGAUGCACCACUGACUACAGCUGUGCGACGUCACUUGGCUAUUAACUUGAGGGAUUUGCUCCACCACGGGUUGGUGGGUCCAGAAUCAUCAUCUCUAGUACCAAUCAUUGGCUGCUUUCCUGUCAGAAGAUCAUCCACUUCUCAAGCGCCUCAUAUUUGGGAACUAAUAUUACGUUACUAUGAUUUGAAUGAUGGAGAUAGAUUCAAUUCUACUCCAGCUAGGAAAUUAAGUCAAAGCUUUAACUUAGAUAUAGUUGGGGGAACCGCUAUAACUAAUAAACAGAGUUUGCUGAGCACCAUUGGUGGCAUCAUAGCCACACACACCCCAUACAAAAGGAGUUACGAUGCUCACUUCAAAGCUUUAGUUUGUGCUGCCUUAAACUCUCAUAAAUUGGUAUUAUGGUUAAAUAUCAUACUAAAAACUCGAUCUCUAAUCAAUUCUUAUUACUCUUCAACUAGUUAUAUUGUAAAUACAGGUUUUCAAGAUACUCUGCAGAGUCUUGAUCGCUUGACCCCUCAUAACUUUGAUCUGCCAGUAGAUCUCGCUGUGAAGCAAUUCCAGAAUAUUAAGGAUGUAUUCAUGUAACUAUUUACUUUUUAAGAAUACACUUUUAUACAUAAUCAAUAGUCAUAAUCAAUGCCUUCCAUGGUCAAGUGAUCAUGCACUACUUGAUGUGCUAGCCUAAUAUUCUAGUCCAUAGUGCAUAAUAUAGAAUAGUAUUGGUUUUACAUUUAAUUAGGUCAUUUAUUACUAAUUUGAAAUUAUUUUAGCUGUUUGACAUUCCAAUCUUUAUUUAUUUACGUCAUAUACAAGUAAUUUAUUUAUGAAAAAUGUAAAUAAUUUUUAAGCAAAUAGCAUUAAUGAAUAUAAAAGGAGCCUAGCCGAAUUUUAUUCUCUAAAUUUAUUGUAAUGAUUUUUAUAAAAUUCUAACUUGUAUUCUUGAUUAUUGUGUACAUUCCAAAUUCACUGUAUGUUUAGGUAGUUUAUAAUGACUAAUUAGUGAAGUUACUGUUAAUGAAGUGACAUUGGGUGAUAAAUAUUAUCAAUUUAAAACAAUUGUACCAAAGAUUUUACCAAAUGUGGAAGUAUUAAACUUUGUAUUGUGCAAAUCAUGUAAAACUUAAAUAUUAUAAUGUAGU